AUGGCCGUAGACUCAAACCUCUCGUCGCCGUUAGGACCUCCGGCGUGUGAAAAAGACGCAAAAGCCCUCCGUUUCAUCGAGGAAAUGACUAGAAACGCAGACGCGGUUCAAGAAAACCUCCUAGCAGAGAUUCUAAGCCGCAACGCUGACACCGAGUACCUCCGCCGCUUCAACCUCGACGGCGCAACCGACCGUGAUACCUUUAAAUCAAAGCUUCCAAUAAUUACAUACGAAGAUCUCCAGCCGGAGAUCCAACGUAUCGCUGACGGAGACCGCUCUCCGAUCUUAUCCGCACAUCCCAUCUCCGAGUUCCUCACAAGCUCGGGAACCUCAGCUGGAGAGAGGAAGCUCAUGCCCACCAUUAGAGAAGAGCUUGAUCGUCGCCAGCUUCUUUACAGUCUCCUCAUGCCUGUCAUGAAUUUGUAUGUGCCUGGAUUAGACAAAGGAAAGGGAUUGUACUUCUUGUUCGUUAAGUCGGAAUCAAAGACACCUGGUGGUUUACCGGCUAGACCGGUCCUAACCAGCUACUACAAGAGUGACCACUUCCGGUCAAGACCUUACGACCCUUAUAACGUCUACACGAGUCCUAACGAAGCCAUUCUCUGUCCCGACUCCUUCCAAAGCAUGUACACUCAGAUGCUAUGCGGCCUCCUUGACCGAUUUUCUGUCCUUCGCGUGGGCGCUGUCUUUGCCUCUGGUCUCCUCCGUGCCAUCCGCUUCCUCCAACUACAUUGGUCGCGCUUCGCCAAUGACAUCGAGUCAGGUUCUCUCGACUCCGAGAUAACCGACCGGUCUAUCAGGCAAUGCAUGUCCGGUAUUCUUAAACCGAAUGCUCACCUGGCUAAAUUCAUCCGCCAGGAGUGCGAGUCGGAAAAUUGGGAACGGAUCAUCACCCGGAUUUGGCCAAACACUAAGUACCUUGAUGUCAUAGUAACCGGAGCCAUGGCUCAGUAUAUCCCAACGUUGGAAUACUACAGCGGCGGUCUUCCAAUGGCAUGCACCAUGUACGCCUCCUCCGAGUGUUACUUCGGUUUAAACCUAAACCCAAUGAGCAAACCGUCCGAAGUCUCUUACACCAUUAUGCCCAACAUGGCAUACUUUGAGUUCAUACCUCUCGGCGGCUCCAAGGCCGUUGAGCUCGUUGAUGUAAAGAUCGGCAAAGAGUACGAACUUGUGGUCACGACCUACGCCGGUCUAUGUCGAUACCGAGUCGGUGACAUCCUCAGAGUCACCGGCUUCCACAACUCGGCACCUCAGUUUCACUUCGUGAGGAGGAAGAACGUCCUCCUCAGCAUUGAUUCUGACAAGACCGACGAGUCAGAGCUUCAGAAAGCGGUGGAGAACGCAUCACGCCUGCUGACCGAAGAGUGUGGGACUCGUGUAGCCGAGUACACUAGCUACGCAGACACAAGCACCAUCCCUGGCCACUACGUACUAUAUUGGGAGUUAUUGGCGAGGGAUGGAGCGAGGCAGCCGAGCCUUGAGACUUUGGCUCGUUGCUGCCUUGAGAUGGAAGAGUCGUUAAACUCGGUUUACCGACAAUGCCGAGUCGCGGACAACUCGGUUGGACCGCUUGAGAUUAGAGUGGUGAGGAAUGGAACGUUCGAGGAGUUGAUGGAUUACGCUAUCUCAAGAGGCGCGUCAAUUAACCAGUACAAGGUACCGAGGUGCGUGAACUUCACGCCUAUUGUGGAGCUACUUGAUUCCAGGGUAGUGUCGGCGCAUUUUAGCCCAGCUUUACCGGAUUGGACGCCGGAGAGGAGGAGGAGAUAA